AUGGUCGUCGGUUCAGCCGUGCAUAGGAAUCAUUUUAGCGAUAGCAAAGGGAGCGAAUGGUACACGAUCAAGGUGGUCGAGCUUCUCACGCGACGCGGCCACGACAUCGUGCAGCGGCUGAGCGCGCUCCCGGAUGACGAUUUCGUCUAUCUGGCGAACGCGCGGUACUUUUUUCCCACUGGCGGCGGGUACGGAGGACAGGCGAGCAUUUGCGUCGAAAGACUCGGUGGAACGUCGAGCUGGUGGCGCUGGUUUCGUCAUCGAAAAGUUGAGCGCUGA